AUGUUAGCUCAAAACAUGAAGGAUAGAAACUAUCGAGCCUGGAAAGAGGCCAAAAGUGAAAACAGAUGGGAUGCUGAUCGUGAGUGCUAUUUGGACCCAAAAGGCAACAUAAUUGUUGAACCAUCAACACUCAUUGUUGAGACUCUCAUUGAACAAAUAGCACAACAGGAGGAAGAAAGACAGAGAGAAUGGGCAAGCCAAGCUGAAGAGGAAGAGUUAAAGUCAAGAAAAGUCGAUGAAGGGAUAAUUGACACAAAAAAAGAAAUGACUGCAGAGAAUCUGACGAAGAUGGCAGAUAAAGUGCUUGCAGCAAAGGAAUUAGAGGUAGAUUCCAAAACUACGUCUAAGUCAACCAGCCAGGUCAGUUGUAGUGAUUCAACAAAUGGGUCAGGUAAGACUGAUAAGGCUAAAACUGAGAGUGAUUGCAAAAAUUGCAUGAAAGAUUGCAAAGUUUGCAGCACACGUGCAUAUCCCAAUGCCAAAAAGACUGAAGAACUGACUGCAAAAGUCAAAACAGUUGAAGAUCAAAUCUUAAGUCAUGAUAAACUUGUGAGAGCUUCAAAUGAUAGAAUAAAGGAAUUAACUGAGAGGAUUGAAAAAUAUAAAAAUGAUGUAGAACGAUUUAGGAAAGAAAAUGAAAAGUUAAUUCAUGAAAACCGACAACUUUCUGAAAAUCAUGAGAAGCUGAAAAGAACGAUAAAAGAUUCUGAUGAGCGAAAUAGUAAAACAUCCAAAGAAAAUUUUCAACUGUCGAGAGUCCUUCAGUUAAAAGAAAAGCAAAUCAACCAACAGUUGGAUGAGAUUGCAAAUCUAAAGCUUCAGUUUCAGGAAGUUAAGAUUGAGAACGAAAGAAUCAAUCUGAAACUGAACAGUUACAGCUCUGCGAGCUUUGUUCUUCGACACAUAGUUCCCAAACCCAUUGGGAAGAACAAAGCUGGUGAAGAUGUAUACUCAGAUGGAACUGGGGUAGGGUAUCAUCAAGUUCCACCGCCAGUGUUGAAUAAUUUUUCAAAGAAAAAGUCUGGGUUGGAUAAUGAUGAUGAAAUAAAUGAUGUAAAACUCCCAAAAACAAUCGAUGUCACAUUCAAUCCGAAGUCGUUAAAAAUGUUGUUGAAAACGUUUUAA